AUGCAGAGCUUGAAGUCAUUUCUUGGAGAAGAAAAGCUCAAGGAAUUGAUCAACUUCUCUCUCCACUACAUAGCUGACUUGGACAUCCCCAUUAAAAGGGGAACAUUUAUUGAAUUCCGAAAUGGUAUGCUUAAUGUAUCUCCCAUCGGAAGAAACUGCAGUCAGGAAGAACGAGAUGAGUUUGAAAAGUAUGAUAAGGUUCACAACGUUCGCCCCAAAAUGGUGUCUGCGCUCCGUGAGAAGUUUGCGCAGUAUAACCUAACAUUUUCCAUUGGUGGACAAAUCAGUUUUGAUGUUUUUCCCCAAGGCUGGGAUAAAACAUAUUGCUUGAAAUACCUGGAAGAGUUUCAAGAAGUUCACUUCUUCGGAGACAAGACCUACAAGGGAGGAAAUGACUAUGAGAUAUUUGAGUCGGAGAGGACCAAUGGCCAUACGGGUGAGUGCAUUUUUUUCCAUUUCCUAGUGUCGCCAUUCAAUCAAUAAAUCUACUGCCUCGAAAUUGAGGCUUAUGCAAGUCUCGAUUCAUUUUGAACUAAACUAGAAAGUAUAGAUGAAUGUGUGGUUGCAACCAUGAUUUUUUUAGCUUGCUUUUUUACUGCGAAUCCCUCCCCUUAGGCCGUCCACAACGUUGUUCCUAUACCGUUCCUA